AUGUGUCCGAUUAUGGCAACAAUUUUUAAUAAGAUUAUUAAUUCCCUGUAUGCCUUUCUUCCCUGGGGUCAAAAUACGAAUAAAAGACUGAGGGAUGAUUCCUCAGAUGAAAAUGAUGAAAAUCUCAAUCUUGGUAUCACACCUCCUAAAAGGCAAAAACUUCAAAGAUCACCUUUCAGGCAGAAAGUUUUAAAUGAAAUGAAUCCACCUAGUGUGACCACUGUUCAACCAACUUUUAAAGCUCCAUCAGUUUCAAAACUCCAAAUUACUGAAGAUUUUUACCAACCACACCGCAAAAUCGUGCCUAGGUCUUCAGUUCCCCAUAACUGGGGUGUUAUUUAUCUGGGUGAUAAGGGGAAGCCUCCAAAGCACGUUUCUUCUCCAAUUAAGUUAAGAAGGAGAUUACCAGCUUCAACUCCUAUAGCCAGUAUCGAUUUAACUGAGCAGGACGAUCAUGUGUCAUCAGAAGAUUUGGAGACUAUAUCACAUAUAGGCCCUACAAAAUCAGGUCCUUCCUGUUCUGUUAGAAGACGUCCUGUUGUUGUAGAUUUGACUGGUGCAGGAAGUGAUAAAAUGACGUCACCUGUCAAGAAUUGUGGGAGUACUUCAUACGGCAGACCUAGUGAACUUGAGUCAAAUGGGAAAAAAACAUCUAAUGUUAAAGGCAAAAAAAAACCUAUUGUUUCUAUAGAUCUUACUACUCCAACUGUUGUUAAACCUGCUAUGCGAAUGAAACGAGUUAGCACUGAAUCUUCCAGUUCCAAAUCUGUAGCAGUUAUUGACUUGGAAGAGCGUAAUAGUUAUGGACGUGUGCUUGGAUCCAUGCUGGAGGGUAAAAUACCUACUAGUCCUCAGCUGAAGUCUCCACCAAUUAAACCAGGGACAUUUGUAGACCUGACUAGUGAUGAUGAUGAGGUUACAGAAGUAAAGAUAAAUCCCAGUACUGCUUCUAAAAAUGACUCAAGGAACUCAGUUCGUUAUGUUGCAACUCCUCCUGUUAUAGAAAUUAAUGAAGAUACUUCAGUCUUGAGCGUUUCUCCUAAAAACGGUACCAGAAUGGGUGUUACUAGAGUUAAUUCAUUUGAGGUCAAGUUGAAAGAUCAUCCUUGUACUCAUCAGGAUUGGGUAGUUAAUUUAAUGAAAGACUAUGAGGAAACACAAAAGUCAUUUAUUGAAACUCGUGAUCGUUAUUACAAGGAAGCAACUGCAUGGAGUGAUGAAAAUCGUAGGGCUUUUGAAGAGAUCCUUGAAAAGAAAUUGGAACGACAUCUCAAAAUUACAGAAGCCUUAAUUACUGAAACUCCUGAAGAAAAAUAUUCACCAAUAAUUAAACCUUUGCCUACAUUGUCAAAGGCAGCUGAGCUGAAAAUAAAAGCAGCAUUAGUCAGAUCUCCAGAGCAUGAAGUACUGACAGAGAAGUUCAAUUUGAAAAUUACACGACGUGAUAUUCAAACCUUGAAUGGGCUUAAUUGGUUAAAUGAUGAGGUUAUUAAUUUUUAUAUGCAAUUAUUGGAAGAUCGUGCUCAGAAAACUGAAAGAUACCCACCAAUUCAUACCUUUAGUACCUUCUUUUAUGCUGGGCUUCAAUCAAGGGGACAUGCUGGAAUGAAACGAUGGACAAAAAAAGUGAACAUAUUUGAAAAACAGCUGAUUAUUAUACCUAUUCACUUGCAUAUGCAUUGGUGCUUAAUCGUUGUAGACCUAAUGAAGAAAGAAAUAAACUAUUACGAUUCCAUGGGCCAUGACAAUAAUGAUUGUUUGAGGCAUAUAUCCAAUUAUCUUAUAGCUGAGCAUGAAGUGAAACAGGGUUCUUCGUUGGAUUUGAUUGACUGGAAAGUACAAAAUAUUAAGAACAUCCCACAGCAGAUGAAUGGCAGCGAUUGUGGGAUAUUUGCUUGUACUUAUGCUGAAUAUUGCUCCAGAAGAGCACCCUUCGACUUUGACCAAUCGAAAAUGCAAUAUUUUCGAAGAAAGAUGAUUUAUGAAAUCAUUAGUGGGCAGCUCCUAUAGCCCAAAAGACAAUAUUCAGUUUUAUGUUGCCAAUUAUUGGCCUGGACCAGUAUCACGAGAACUUCUUUCCUCCUGUGUGUAUAUAUUACAUGGACUGUUUGUGAUAAGGAAAUAAAAAUAAUGGUUCUGUCAUUUUAUAAAAUUCUCUGUUGUGUUAAGCGAUAUCAGAGGCCAUGAUAUUUUAAAAGAUCCUUUGAAAAAUUAUAUAUUUUAUAAAGAUGGUUGUUAUAGUUAUUAAAAUCAACUUGUACAUUCUUAAAAAAAAAAAAAAACUGUAUCGUGGAAGUACAUGCUGUAUAUAAUUAUUGUACCAUAGUGUUUUAUAGUUAAGAACUUAAUUUAUUAAUUUAAAUAUUCUGGGAUAGUUUGUUUAUUUUUUUAGCUAAUGUUUUUUCUUAAGUGUUUCUUUGAAUUGUAAUUGUUUACAGAUUUUUUAAAAACAUUUUUCUCAUUUUCUUUAUCUUAGAUAAAGUGAGUUGUUUUAUUGUCUUCCUUUUAAUACUCAUAUAUAAAUAUAGAUGUGUGCUUUCUGUUAUAAUGAA